AAAACCCCCAGCCACCCGAAUUCUCAGGUUCUUUCAAACUCAUAUACCUCGCUCAUAAGUCCAGGACCUUCAUCGAUACCAGUGAAGCACCAUGAAAACUCUCUCUGGUGCACGAGCCGAGCUAGCUCGCAUGCAACGCAGGGAACUGGAACUUGUCCAGGAGCUCCUAAACGUCCGCAAGGCUGUUGCAGCACGGAAAGUCGUGAUCAACGAGUUGAUCGAAGUCAGCGUCGUAUCAUACGUCGAUCGCCUUCCAGACGAAUUGCUUGCACAGAUAUUCCUCCUCAUUGGAGAUCGGCAGAAACGGGAAUGGGAGGUGGGUUGUUAUUGGAACCACGACCGACGACACCGGUGGGAAGAGGACCAUCUAGCUCUAGCUAGUGUCUCACGCCGUUGGAGGGCUGUGAUAUUGGGCAUUCCUGGUGUCUGGAGCGAGGUCUGCUUGGGGUACUACUUGCGACCAACGUUGUUGAAGUUGCGCUUGGAAAGAAGUCGUCAAGCCCCUCUUACCAUCUCCCCCGGAUGCGGAUACGGACUGCCAAGACUAGAAGUUGUCUUGCGUCACGCCAAUCGAUUUCAUACACUCCGGAUUUGUGCUACCGACGACGCCAAGGCCUUCCUCGGCAAAAUCGCCGGUAUAAGGCUUCCGUCUCUGCGGUACCUUGUCAUAAGCGCAGAUUGGUCGGCUGAUGACUUGCUAACGAUUCGUUCAUGGGCUCCUGCCCUCAAGCAUCUGGAAUUGUACAAUUGGAAGGUGCCAUCUCAUAGCGCCCUUUCUCAAUUUAUCACUGCCGAAUCAUUGGAAGAACUGUCACUCGUAGACGUUACUACCAGUGAUUACCGGACGUUUCACAGCAUGCACUUUCCUUUGCUUCGGCGCCUCGCACUUGACAUCCCCCUACCUUUGUCAUUCUUGGAUGCUAUUGUAGCUCCAAAGCUCACCUCUUUUUACUUUACUGGACAACAUUGUGAAACGCCACCCUACGGCACAUCUAUCGGAGAUGAGUCGAAAUUCAACAAUGUCUCGCACCUCUCUUUUGUUGCAUCCCGCUAUGAAAAGACGGUGGUGUCUCUCUACAACGGUCGAUUAGAUCGCAAGUCGGGCUGGAGUUGUGUGAAACCAGUUGAGAUCGAGAGCUAUGCGACCGUUGCAUGAGCAGCAGAAAAGGGGGGCUAGUACCUCUGAGUGUACUCGCAUCGCAGCUGACGAAGCCUGGCACUAUUGAUGUAUUCAGACUCGUCCACUUGACACUUAGCGUAGCAUACAUGACUGUACUUAUGUGGGACUCCGGCUCCACCCAACAUAAU